CGCAAACCAACAACAACAAAGAUGGAGGCGCCUAGUAGGGAACUAACUAUGUUGAUAGCAUUUAAAAACAAUUAAUUUACAUUUGAGAACUCUUUAUUUUAUAUAUAUAUAUAUAUAUAUAUAUAGAAAUAAACGUUUUGUUAAAUAUAUAAGUCAUCUUUUUGUUAUAUAUAAACUUUUUGUUAAAUAUCUAGGUACGUUAAAUUCAGUGUGCUAGCUGCCCAUUGCUAAUUCUGGUUGAUAAGUCACAGCCAGCUAACCUAUUAUUUUAUAUAUAUAUAGAAAUAAACGUUUUGUUAAAUAUAUAAGUAAACUUUUUGUUAUAUAUAAACUUAUAUAACUCAUAUUAUCCUUGACGACCGAGCGUCGAGGCACAUAUAUUUGGUUGAGGACUAACUAACUACACUUAGCUACUUACUAAAAAGGAACAAUAUGAUGGAGGAAUUAGACGAGUCAUUGAGUUAGCCACAGUAGUUAAUUAGCUGUAUGAAGAAACAAUAACCUGACACCGACAUUUUCCAGACUCCAGAAAAGUGAUUAACGAACGUCAGUUACCUCGUUUACAUAAAUCUAAUCACUAUCCGACUGGUCACCUGUGUUUUAGGUGACUGUAACGUUACUAGUCUGUCUAGCGGUCAGCUAGCUAUUCCAGCGCCGCCGACCAACCGGUCCCAGACAUGAGCUCUCUAAGCUACUUCACUCCGGCCCGAGAAGAAGAGCUGCUGUGGUCGGGAAACGCAGGCGCAGCCAGCGGACCUCAACCCAGCACCCUCGGAGGAGAGGAGGCACGGCGCUUCUAUCAAAGCCUCAUAGAAGAAGGGGAUGGAGAGGAGAGACGAGGAAUGGAGCAGAGGGGGAGAGAGAACCGCAGGGGGAGAAGAGCAGGGCAGCACGUCCAGGCUAGCAGGCAGCAGGCUAACACCACCAGUACUACCACAGAACUGGAGGGGCUAAGACUGCUGCGUUGUGCCCAGGAAGGAGACCUGUCUGGGGUGAGAGGCCUGCUGUCCCGGGGGGUGGAUGUCAACUUCCAGGACAGCUGGUGGUGGACAGGUGUGAUGUGUGCAGCGGCGGCAGGGCAGCGGAGUGUCGUUAGGCUCCUCCUCCAGCAGGGGGCGGCGUGGGUGGGCGUGGUCGACACGCAGGGCCGGGACGCCAGGGAGCUGGCUAGGAUGGCGGGGCAUAGCGGGGUCCUAGAGGAACUGGACCACUACGGGUCUCCGCAGGACUGUGACCGGCCUGGGAGACAGAGGGGUCAACACAACCAUUACAGGAGAGAGACGCAGGACCACCAGGACCACAGUUCUCCCCCAGCGGUAGCAGCAGUCCAGACUCAUCAGAACCAGUCCACCCAGAAUCAGACCCAGUGGUGUCCAGUCUGCAGUGUCCACUACUCCUCUCCCCCAGAGACACACCUCUCCUCCACCCUCCACCUGUUCUCUCUCUCCCGCCCUGCCCCCCUUCCCCACUACUGCCUCCCCCCCUCCACCCCCGCCUACCAGAUGAUGCUGCGCUCCGGAUGGACCCCUGGAGGGGGGCUGGGGCCCGAAGGGGAGGGUCACAAACAGCCGGUCCGGACCGUCCUGAAGAGGGACAGUAGAGGCCUGGGGUACGGACCCACACCCCGACCCAAGGUCACACACUUCCAACCCAAAGACCCGCAGGCAGUCAGACGGACGGGGAAGGAGGGUCGGGGGAGGAGGGGGAUGAAGGAGGAGAGCAGGAGGGAGGAGAAGGACAGGAACUGGGAGAGGGACUUCCGCUCUUCCUUUAACACCUUUGACCCCUGACCUCUAAAUGCUGACCCAGGGACAACUGUUGUAGUCAGUUUCUCUCUAGUGUUCUCUCUCUCUCUCUCUCUCUCUCUCUAGUGUACACUCUGCUCUCUAGUGUACACUCUAUGUGCUCUCUCUAGCUCUCUAGU